AUGAAGUUCACCAUUGCCGCUCUCACCGCCUUCGUCUCUCUCGUCUCCAGCGUCGCCCUCCCGAACGCCCUCCCAGAGGCCGAACCCGGCGUCUCAAUCGCAAGACGUACAGUCGGCGGUAUCUUCCUCUGCGACGACAUCAACUGGGGCGGCAACUGCGGAUACGCCGUGCAGCCCCUCUACACCUGCAUCAACAUGGGCACCGACUGGAACGACAAGAUCUCGUCCUUCGGCCCUGACUCUGGCACCACCUGCCUGCUCUUCCGCAACAGCGGCUGCAGCCAGGGACAGUUCUUUGAGAAGAUCAGCAACCCUGGAUCAGCCGACUUGAGGAACGAGGGUAUCAACGACCAGAUCUCCUCGUUCCAGUGCUACCCGUCCGGUGGUAACUCGGGGCUGAACUGCUACUACUGUGCGCCGUAUCAGUCGUAUUGCUCGAUUGUGGAUUGCUCUCAGUGCGCGACGGGAAGUGGCACUAUUGGCACCUGCUAUGUCAAUUAA